GUCAUCUUCGGCUUCCUCAGAUCCAACAAGGAGGAACCCAGCUCCUGGCUCCAGCUGGUGGUCAUCGGCAAGAAUCCUAAGCCUGGCAUCUUGGCUCUCCUGAAGCUCACCGAGGAGCUGCUUCCAGGUUGCCUGGAGCGUGUGCCACAG